AAACACAGACCACCCCCCAAGUUCAGUUCACUGAGACAGGAAAUGAAAGAGAGUGGUAGUAGUCUUCAUCUUCUGUUUACUCUCUUCAUUUUCUCUCUCGUUUUUCCUCUCACAAUCUUCACAAAACCGGUCUUCAGUUCAACUCCAUGGCCUCAUCAUGUGAAACAAAUCAGUGGUGAUGGUAAAGAUCUUGAUUUUGGGAGUUCAAAGAAGUAUGAAGGUUCAUCAGAAUUUGUACAUCUGAAAUACCAUAUGGGUCCAGUUCUAACUUCAACCAUCACAGUUCAUCCAAUCUGGUAUGGAACAUGGAAAAACUCACAGAAGAAAAUCAUUCGUGAGUUCAUAAAUUCAAUCUCAUCUGAUGAUUCAAAACAUCCAUCAGUUUCCGGAUGGUGGAAAACAGUUCAGCUCUACACUGAUCAAACCGGUGCUAAUAUCUCAAGAGCGGUACAUCUCGGGGAAGAAAAGAAUGACCGGUUUUACUCCCACGGCCGGUCACUUACACGUCUUUCAAUACAAUCGGUAAUCAAAAGUGCGGUGAGUGUACGUAAGAAGCCACUUCCGAUUAAUCCGAAAAGUGGGUUAUAUUUACUCUUAACGGCAGAUGAUGUACACGUUGAAGAUUUCUGUGGGCAAGUAUGUGGAUUUCAUUAUUUUACAUUUCCGUCAAUAGUUGGGUAUACAUUACCUUAUGCUUGGGUCGGGAAUUCCGAAAAGUUGUGUGCCGGUACAUGUGCGUAUCCAUUUGCGGUGCCCGAUUAUAUACCAAAUUUGAAACCUUUGAAAUCGCCAAAUGGUGAUAUCGGGAUUGAUGGUAUGAUAAGUGUGAUUGCUCAUGAGAUUGCAGAAUUGGCUACAAACCCAUUGGUGAAUGCUUGGUAUGCAGGGCCUGAUCCUAGUUUUCCUACUGAGAUUGCUGAUUUGUGUGAAGGUAUUUAUGGGACCGGUGGUGGUGGGUCUUAUACCGGGCAAAUGUUGAAGGGUCAUGAUGGUGCUACGUUUAAUAUGAAUGGAAUCAGACGGAGGUUUUUAGUGCAGUGGGUUUGGAAUCCUUACUUGAAGUAUUGUUCUGGUCCUAAUGCACUUGAUCAGUGAUGUGAUGAAUCUUGAUUUCAAAUUAAAAAAUGUCCAGUAUUUUUCUUUUUUAAUCGAAUGUUUUGUUCGAUUUUGAUGUAAUAGUUUAAGUUGUGUUUGAUGGAUGUUAUUUUUUUGCUCUAUGUUUGGACUCUUUGUUAAGUAAAUUCAAGAAAUCAAAAAAAUUGCAGUAAGACGUUUUUGCCA